AUGAUCCGGGCCACAGCCGCAGCGGCACGUCUGCCACAGAGCACGCAGGGGUGGGUGCCACUGAUGCAGCGGGCGCUUGAUUUUCCUAUCGAGUCCGUCACCUUCCCGCCGCAUUUCUACCUCCACACUGUCAACAACGGCACCGCCUCAACCGCCGGCUUCUUACCGCAAAAAACGUCAGUGGAGCUCACGGGGCUGCGCCAGUGUGCCGUGCUCGUGUUGCUAUCGCCCGCAGCGACGGGGAACGGCUUUCAGGAUAUGUGCCUCACGCUCAUGAAGCGCAGUGCGACGACGGGCUCACAGAAGGGCGAAAUGAGCUUUCCAGGUGGCCACGUCGAUGGCGACGAGACGCUGCGCGACGCAGCACAGCGUGAAGCACUGGAGGAGGUGGGCCUUCUGCCAUCUGAGUACGAAAUUGUUGGGUCUCUAACGCCGAUUACCGCGAAAGCACUAAGCGCGUGUGUGACACCGUUUGUGGCUGUCGCGACUCGUCCUGCGCAGCCAUACCGCGCGAGCCCCGCCGAAGUCGAUUCCAUUCACUAUCUUCACAUGUCGGCGCUGCUGUUGAAGGCGUCGACGAGGCACGCGCGGGUCAUCAAGUACCACUCCUUAACGAGCAAUCGACCGUGCUUCUUUCCCUGCUUCUUUGCCAGCCCUGCUCAGACGGUCGUCUCCUCCGCGGUUUGUCGGUCUCAUAAGGCGACUGGGGUGGCGGAUGACUGCGGCUUCGAUCCGAUGCUGCCCGAGGAUUUUCCGGGUGAGUUGGUCUGGGGCCUUACUUCCUUCGUGACUUGUGAACUGGUGGCUCGCGUCGCCAAGGCCAUCAUGGACGCGCCGGAAGCGAACUCGGCUGCGGCCGUGAAUGCACUCCUGACACCUUCGAACGUGGUGGCGCGCGACCCUAUCGCGGGCUCGGCGCUAUGA